UAUUAUUCUACAUCCUUUUAAAUGCGUAUUAUUUUUGCGGAGUAUAUGAAGGCGGAAUUUGAGUAUUUCGUAUCAAAACUUAUGCUAUGCUCCGUCAACUGGCCGAGCCGACUCACAGUCGAAGCUUCUGCAGUGUUCCUGGUUUUCUAAAACGUAUUGAUAAAUGUGGGUUUAUGAAUUUUUGAAGAAGACAAGUAUGGGAGUGAGUUUAAAGAUGGAGUAAGCAGAGGGUUCGCUGUUUGACUAACCCAGAAACUCAAUUGUCAGAGCAAAAGAAGAAUAACAUUUCCCAAUUAACAAUGGUGAAAACAAGACGACAAAGCUCAGUAAUUGGAUCUGCAAAUGCAAGACAGCCGUCUCAAGUGGUUCCGGAUUCCGACCUGAAUCCUCAAACUCACAAAAUCCGGUUCACUAAACUGUCUUCUUUGUCAUUGAACACUGUUGUAUUGUAUGAAUGGUGGCUGGUCAAAGCAAAGGAGGAUAAGGGCUUAGCUGUUGGUGGGUUUGCUACAAGAGAGAGUCUGGGGGUAAGAUCUUUUCGUUCUGCAGCCAUUGCCAAGAGAUAUGAUAGUACAACUCUUGAGACAGUAGAUGGAAUCACUGUUAAACUCAGUGGCUUCAUAAAUAGGUCUCGCACGCAACUAAAUGGCUUCUCAAUGGAGGUUUGCAGUCAUUUCCGACUUGGAUUUCCAUAUUACUGGAAAGAAUUUGCCAAUCAAUCUUGUGGCCAAGAAUUCCUUGACAAAGGGAACCCAUCUAGAAUACCAAAAUUUGUUCAGCUUGACAUGUGUUCAAGAACUAGUCUGCCAGUUUCGUUAGAUGAUAUUCCUGUGACUAGAAUACGUGAUCUUUUGCUUUCUCCUCGACGAGGUUCUGAUAAUGAUGCUCUGGGGAGUAAAAUUUACAAUGAAGUAUUUAGAGAAUUUAGCUGCGAUAUUGCAGCAGGUGAAACUGCAAUUGAUCCCAAGAAGGCAAAAGCUGACCGGCUGUUCAAAGAUGACAAUGUCAUAUUGGGUGUGAAGGAAACAAGAACGGAGGAAUUUCAUAGUGAUUUUAUGAUGGGAAUGAAUGUUCUUUCCCCAAGUAAAGGGGUCACCAAUAGAAGCAUGCCAGCCAGUAGGAAUACAGAAGUUAGAAGUCCAAAUAGGAUUGCCAGUUCUGUUCAGAAUGGAUCCCCUAGUGGAUCCCCUAGUACUCCUUCAAAAGGUAAGGUUACCCCUAAGCACAAAGAUGCGGAUGGUCAAUUUGAGACAGGCACGAACUUCAUUACCCAAAGUAGAGGUGUUAUCACGAGAAGUAUGGCUAGAUUGAAGAAUCUUGGAAACCAGCUGGAGGAGAAUAGUAGUUCAUCCAGUUUUUCAAUCAGGCAUAACGACAGUGCUGCUUUAGUCUUAAGAUCAAAAACCACAGGGAUCCUUACCAGAACAAUGGCAAUUAGAAGUGAUUCAAAAGGGUCUGCAGUCAGAAGAUCCAACAGGUUGAAGAAGGGGAAGUGAAUCAUAUUUGUAUUUGCAAAUAUUCGUAGAAAUGAACUUAGCAAUGCUACUAGAAUUGGCAAUUUCUGAAGUGCCAUUAAGGCAUGAAUACAAAUAUAAGCUUUGUGAUAGGAUUUUUAGCGGUGUUUAAUACAUUUUAAUUUUACAUUUGCUAAUUGUUUGUAAACAAAAGUCGAGAAGUGCUAAUUUCAUUCAAUCUUAAAUGCUGUUGGAAUUACCGUUUA